UGGAAUGUCAACCGAUUUUUAAUCAGAGGGAGAAACGGCUGCAAUUCACCUCCAGUCAUCGGAAACCAAACCUAUCUGAGAAAUGGGCGAGCAGUUAAUCCCAGUAAGUUCAGUUUUAUAAUAAAUCACUUAAAGGACGUGUUCUUACAGGGGGAAAACCACACUUCAGGCGCCAUCCGGAAGCCGCCCGGUUGAAGAUAAACUUCCAAGACUCAAAGUUCAGUCCAACAUGAAUAUGCAUCACUUCCUUUGGAGUCAAUGGCGUCCCUGUGCAAACGGUGCUUAGCUUAAAGUUGCCGUCCCUCUUUCUCCCCCUUUCAGAAGUGUUAGCGAAGCGGUUAAGAUCCGCUGGGUCUCUUGGCUGGCAGGCCGCUAGCCCCCGGGGGUUAAAGGUCCGGCCUCCCCAAACCCGUUCGCCACCCACGAUUCUCCAAAUAAGCAGGUUACGUGUCAGAGCCCGGUUAGAAAACCCUCCCGCGUCUGCCGGUGGUUGGCAAGAUGGCAAAACUAUUUCUGCAAGUUAUGGGCCACUUAGAUAUGUCCGACACCACCGCGACGUCAGAUUUAAUCCGCACCUGGAUCGGACAGACGUUUCCAGAUGUGGAACCUUUGGCCACAGAGGUCCUGCAGACCUGGAUGGAGGUGAAGCCAGGUGAAUUGAUUAUUCUGGACACGCGAAGCGCAGCUGAGUUUGACGUGAGCCACUUGCCGGGAGCCAUCCGUGUGGACCCUGACAGGAAGGACCUGUCAGAACUCUUACAGCAACACCUCUCUCCUGAGGGAAACGACGCAGCAGGGCGCGUCCCCCGGGAAGAGAUCGUCUGCUACUGCACCGUGGGCUACCGGUCAUCCUCGGUGGCCAGGGCGCUGAGCGCGGGCCGGCCCUCCGGAGCCAGGCGCGUCUACAACGUCGACGGUGGGCUGGUGAAAUGGGCCAGCGAGAGCCGGCGCAUGGAGGACUCACAGGGCCGCGCCACGCAGUUCAUCCACCCGGGGAACGCCGUGUGGGCCCGGGCCGUCCGCCCCGAGCUGAGGGCCUGGAUGUGAGUCGCGGCCGGCCUUGACUGAGCCGCGCUGGGCCCGCGGGGAGUCGGGGUGGCCUCGGAUGUAGCCAUCUAUUCCCAUUUUAAACAAACUCCCGGGGCCCUUUUCCACUUCCAAGGUCACAAUAAACGUAAGACUCCAAUCUUCUCAA